AUGUCUAUGCAACAGGUUCCCAACAACUUCAACGCCGAGGAGGCUGACAACCUCGAGGAUCACAUGGAAACAUACUGGAAAAUCCUUGAGAAGGUCAAGGGCUCUUCGCUGCGCCUGACCAAGAUCGACGACGAGAUCUACGAGCACCUCCAGACGGACUUCCCCGAGUUCGACCCCGCGGCGACCAUCAACGAGGAUGAGAUGAAGAGCAAGAACGGCAAGGAGCGCUGGAGGAAGUUCAUGAUGGCCUACGAGAAGAGGGUUGACGACUAUAACUUCGGCACAAUGGUUCGCUCCAAGCCCGACGUCGAGUACGGCCAGCACGACGUCAUUUUCGUGCCCCGCAUGCAGUUCUACGCCAUUGAGAUUGCCAGAAACCGCAAGGGUCUGAACGACUGGAUCUACGAGAAGGCUCAAGCAGGCAAGGCCUAA